GCCCGCGGAGCUGCUGGGGGAAGGAGGGGGGAGGGUCUGAAGCCAAUCCCCUAGCCUCGGGACCGACGCGCAUCACCUCAAAGCCUGGGGGCCCGGUUUGCCCCUCCGUGUUGACAAACAGCUGCUGCGUUGCCGGGAGCUCUCGGUUCCCGCAGGCCCGGCCUGUUGCUAACAUCAGCCUGCUGUUUAUGGAGCCCUUUCCCCAUGGUCCCGGCCUCCGGCGGCCCCUGCUCCUCCGCCACGCGCCCGGUCCCCGGGGUCCCUGCCGGUCCUAUUCUCUUGACGAACUUAAGAGACCCUGCUUCUCCCGCCUACUUUCCUGACCGGCAGCCUCAGGGUGGCUAGGUGCGGAUGGGUUAAUAAAAAGCCGCUGGCAAUUGGCCCCGCCCCCUAUGGAAGAAGCCCGGAGACUCCGCAUUUUUUAUUGGUACAGCCUACGGAGGGGUUUCUGACCUCGCCAAUCGGAACCCGAGAAAGUCUCGCGUGCUGGGACGAGCCUCCGGAGAGUAAGUGGAUAGCUAGCCGGAAAAGACUGCCCAGGUCGGGUGGGAAUGGGAGGCCGGGACGGUGACUGAGGCCUCUCGGCCAUGGGAGGAGUUCGGGGCCCGCCUUGCUGGGGCUUGACUCUCGGCUCUGUCCUCUCUGGAUCCUGCUGGGUCAGAUAGGGCGAGGCGCGGCCCUUAUCUGCUCUGCAGUGCAGCGACUUGGGGGCGGGGCUGCCGGAAACCCGCGAUCCCCCACUUCCCCACCUCCCCUUGCCCUCGCUCAUUUUGUCUCCCAGAUUCUUUCGGCCGGAGAGUCCCAAAUGCUGCCCGCUGCCCACGUGCCGGGCUGCUUCGGGGCCUGGGAGCCGCGAAGUCCUCUCAGCAGCGGUCGCCUGUCCUCUCCAUUCUCGCAGGCUCCAAAAUGCCCCGGACCGUGGCCGUGCUGGGUGGCGGCAUUAGCGGCUUGGCCGCCUGCUACUACCUGAGCCGGGCCCCUCAGCCUCCUAAGGUGAUCCUGAUCGAAGCCAGCCAACGCCUCGGAGGCUGGAUUCGGUCUGUUAGAGGGGAAGAUGGAGCUAUAUUUGAACUUGGACCCCGAGGAAUUCGUCCCGCCGGAGAGUUAGGAGCCAGGACCUUGCUCAUGGUCUCUGAGCUUGGUUUGGAUUCUGCAAUUUUGCCAGUUCCGGGGAACCAUCCUGCUGCUCAAAAUCGAUUCCUGUAUGUGGGGGGAACCUUGCACCCCCUGCCUACUGGCCUCAGGGGACUGUUCCUUCCAGCGCCCCCUUUCACCAAGCCCCUGUUGUGGGCUGGGCUUCGGGAGCUGACUACUCCUACGGGUAUGGAACCUGAUGAGACAGUGCACAGUUUUGCAGAGAGGCGCCUGGGACUUGAGGUGGCUUCUAUUGCCAUGGACAGUCUAUGUCGAGGAGUAUUUGCAGGAGACAGUAGAGUUCUCAGUAUCCGCUCCUGUUUCCCCAGUCUCUUUAAGGCUGAACGGACUCAUCGAUCUGUUUUGCUGGGGUUGCUACGGGGUUCAGGGAAGAGCCCCCUACUAGAUUCACCUCUGAUUAAUCAGGCCAGAGCUGAGCGUUGGAGCCAGUGGUCUCUUCGGGGAGGGCUGGAGACACUGCCCCAGGCCUUGGGCACCCAUCUGAGUCAUCAAGGAGUCGACAUUCUAAAGGGUCAGGCAGUUUGUGGACUCAACUUCCAGUCAGGUCGAUGGCAGGUGUCUCUGGGAGAAAGCAGCCUGGAGGCUGAUCACAUCAUUAGUGCUGUCCCUGCUGCAGUGCUAAGUGAGCUGCUUCCCUCUGAGGCAGCCCCUCUGGCUCAGAGCCUGGCCCCUAUUUAUGCUGUAUCUGUGGCUGUGGUGAAUUUGCAAUAUCAGGGGGUUCAUCUGCCUGUCCAGGGGUUUGGACACCUAGUGCCAUCUUCUGAAGACCCUGGUGUCCUGGGAGUUGUAUAUGAUUCUGUUGCCUUCCCUGAACAGGACGGGAGUCCUGGCAGCCUUAGAGUAACGGUGAUGUUGGGGGGAGCUUGGCUGCAAGCCCUGGAGAGUGGAGGACAGAAGCUAUCUCAGGAACUAUUCCAGCAACAAGCCCAGAAAGCAGUUGCCACACAGUUGGGGCUAAAAAAGCCUCCAACUCAAAGUCUGGUCAGCCUACACAAGAGCUGUAUUCCUCAAUAUACUUUGGGCCACUGGCAGAGACUAGAGGCAGCUGCCCAAUUUCUGGCCAAACAUCAGCUGCCUCUGACUCUAGCUGGAGCAUCUUAUGAAGGUGUUUCUGUCAAUGACUGCAUUGAGAGUGGGCGGCGGGCAGCAGCUCAAGUCUUGAAUGCUAAUCCUGACCUUUGACCCAGAGCCUUUUUUUCUUAUCCCUGCAGGCCAGGGGCUGCCAUCAAGAAUAAUAAAAUUGCUCUAAUUGGAAA